GCUUCAGGCAUUGUCCAGCUGUGGACAGGAGAUUAACGUUGUUUGAAAAGUGUAAGUUUACCUUGUUGAGAAAUGCUGCAACUUAGCUGUAUUUAAAGGGGACAGUGUGCUUCAUUAGUGACACUGAAAGAAACUCUUGCUUCUAGAAGGAAGUUCUGCACCGGGAUAAUGAAGACAGCCAUAUUCUUGCUGUUUGUAGCGCUGAUCCCUUCUCAGUAUAUACGUGCUCAGUCAUGUGCUCAGUCAUGUGCAGUUGAUAAUGUGAUUAACCUGAUGAUCAAGUCGUCCUCUGAAGCACUAGGGACUUCAGCCCUCUCAAAACUUGAUAUUAUUUGUACCAGUGUGACAUCACGUGGGGCUGAUGCCUUCUGUCCUUCAGGUUACAAGCCCACUGGCUGCGCCUGUGGAAUGGCUUGUGGGUCCUGGGAUAUCCGUGGCAAUUCUGCUUGCCACUGCCAGUGUCAGAACAUAGACUGGACUUCUGCCCGGUGUUGCAAACUAGGUCUUGUCGGCAGCUGAUAGUGCUUAGAACCAUACUGGCUGUUUGGUUGUAGCUACUGUGCUCAAUAAAAGCAUUUAUAAUUGCA